AUGUUCGAAUUGCAGUUUUGCCUCAAAAAUGUUGGUCAUNGGCAGGGGUUAUUGUACCUUAAAGUGAAAUCUGCGUACCGUUAUGUCUAUGAUUCUGACGAAGUAGACGAUGAAGAGUUAGGAAAAUCAACUUUUGGGGAUGACAGUGAGAAAGAAGUACAAGAGAUACCCCCAAAGAAAAGUAAACUACACAGUGAGAAAGAAGAUGUACAAGAAGAUGUAAAGGAAGUGUUUCCCCUUGAUGAUCCACCUGUGAAAGAGCCAUCAGCAUGGGAUCCUCUUGUGGAUUCCAUCCUGGAGCAGGAACUGUCAGACCCUGUGGAAAUCCUUAGGUUUCUACAAAAGGAGCUCGUGCAAGGAAGAGUUAUUGAUGCAGAAAGUGAUGCUGAUGCCCAUGAUGGAGUAACAAACUCCAUCUGUGUCGACAGACACAAACUUUUAGAAACCACYUUUUCAGAGUUGAAAUCAGUGGAAUGCUUCAACUUGACAUUCGAAGUCGAUUUUAUGGGGGAACAGGCAAGGGACUUAGGGGGGCCAAGGAAGGAAUGGAUAAGACUAAUGAACAUUGCAAUAAAGGACAAGUAUUUUAAAAAUGGCCUUAGAGUGCUUUUUGCAGAUGACUAUUAUUAUGUAGGGGUAAUGAUGGCCAUAGCAUUACUCCACAAUGGACAGCUACCAGUGUACAUGCCACCAGAUGUCAUCGAACAACUAGCUACACCAUCAAGUAAUGAGUGCAUUGCAAAUAUCCAGCGAGGAUUAAACACAUGUGGUUUGGCUCAUGUCAUCCAGUCCUUUCCAGUUAUGCUACAUCUGCUCCGCCCAAGUGAGAAGAGGCUCACUCCAAAGAUCCUGUUACAUAUGCUAAAACCAUGGUUUUCGGAAGAAGGGUCAAGUUCUUUUUURAGAGAAAAGGAGAUAUAUGCCAUGUUCAUAAAGUAUGUCAGAGAAACUGGGAGUGGCAGAAGAGCGCCGAUUACUUUAGAGUCAAUUUUGUCAUUUGUAACAGGGGCCUCGGAGGAACCAGUCCUUGGAUUCCAGAUAGGAGAAGGAGGAGAUGAACCACCACUAUAUGACUACAUACCAAGAGCACAUACAUGCACUAAUGUGCUAAAGCUGUAUAUUGGUCAAUUACAAGCCAAGCUUCCAGACAGCUCUAGUUUGUUUAGUAUUUAUGACAUGGCCUUUGCCAACACACAUUUUGGUACUGUGUAA